UUAUAUCUUCGUCAUCAUCUGUCAGUCUUGCUGUUUUGUUUUCACGGCUACGGACGCUUGUUGAUGCUGUGGCACGGAACGACAGCUGAACGGAUACUUAGCUGUCACAUCUCUAUCUCAGGACAGUAGCAGUUUAUUACUUGUUUCUGUGUAGAUGUACACAGUGUAAUGACUCGAAUCUCAUGAUCUAGUUACUGUAGUGUGCGUUAUAGUUGGCACUCUUCGAGACAGCAGCCCAAGCAUUUAGAUUACAUUAAGACUUCAAAGCAGCUAUUUAAAAUACCCUGGUGCCUAUUCAGAUUUGUGGACAAAACACUGUUGACUGUCUUCAUUUCAUUGAAUAAUUAAUUUAAGGCUCACUCGUUCUGGGACCGAGAACAAGGACGAAAAGUGCUAUUAGUUUACUUCUCUACCGAAACCGCAGCUUCAGGUGGUCGCUUACAGCUUCAACAUUAAUAAGACUAUGGCCGAGGACAACACCCAGUUUUGCAGUAAUUGCAAGCAUGAUAUUCCAGAAUCCAACUUUACAACACACGAGAUCCAUUGUCGGCGGAAUAUUGCUCUUUGUGAGGUGUGCCAGGAGCCUUUUCCUCAUGCUGAGCUUGUGCAGCACAAAGAGAUGGACCAUGCAGAGGAACAGUGCAAAUGUGGAUUAAAGAUAGAGAAAAGAUUCAUGGAGGUCCACCAGAGGUCAGAGUGCAGUCAUCGACUGGUCCCGUGUCAGUUCUGUGAUUUGGAGGUGGCCUCCUUUCAGGCUAAAGAGCACGAGGAUUACUGUGGGACCCGCACCGAGCCCUGCCCCAUCUGCAAGUGUAACGUUAUGCUGAGAGAACAACACAUCCAUCCAGCCCUGUGCGGAAGUCUGACACCACCUCAGGAGAGGCACAGCAGUAGGGCAGUGCCCCAGUCUCCUGGAGCAUGGUUUGAAGGGCAUUCAAUCCAUAACCUAAUACACAAUAAUAACAGCACGGGGGCAGCAGAACGCAGGGGUCCACCACGAGCCUUGGAGGACAGACUACACAACAGCACCAGUGGAACAGUGAGGGGAGGAACCAGGAGAAACGCAGAAACAAGGAACAAUGAUUUUGCUUAUUUGUUGGAUCAGGAAACAGAGCUGGGGAACAACAACAACAACCUUCUGUGGUCUCUGGGACAAGUGCCAGACUAUGAGUCCUCCAGUCUGGACUACAUGCUGGCCCUCAGCCUGCAGAGUGAAGGUGACUUGGAGGACCCCCGUCAGGAGGGCGUGUGGACUGAUGUGUGGGACCGUCAUCUGGGAAGGACACCAGCCCAUAGCAAUCUUACUUCCCAGCUCUCCUCCAACACUAAAACCAACUGCACUGAGGCCCCCCCUAAAAUCAAUUCAACCGUGGUCCACAGCCCCCGCUCAAACAUCAUGCUACCUUGUGAGUUCUGUGAAGAGCUCUUUCCAGAGGAAGACCUUAUCUUACACCAGACCGGCUGCAGCCCAGCCUCUGCUAUUGCUUCCUUCAGUAAACAACCUCCUUCUCUUCAGUAUGAAGAAAUCAUCACUCAAGGGGCUAGUCAUGUCAUUCCUCCCCGUACACCUAGUUCACCCACCCUGCCCCUCUCCGUUUCGCCGCUGUCCUACAGUUCCUCCUCCAGCCCAGCUGAGGGCGACGUACUCAUUCCUUGUGAGUUUUGUGGCGUUGCCUUGGAAGAGGAUGUGCUCUUUCACCAUCAGGACAAGUGUGACCUCCGACCCCAGACAGCUUAUUCAAUCGACGGAUUGUCUCCACUGAAACUACACCACACCACCAAAGAGGCCCACGAGAGGCAGAGAAGGGUCAGACAUCAAGCUGACCCUGAUGAGGAGCUCCUGCAGCAGAUGGCUCACGGGUGGCAGAAAGGCACCUCAGGUUUGGACCAGUGGCCGCCCUCAGCCUACAGCUGCACAAAGAUCCCGAAUGCUGAGCAGCAGGUGAAGAGCAGGAGCCAAAGUCACAGAGCAGUAGAAGCCAACACGUACCUCAGUGACAGCCUCAAGCCCCGUUCUACAACCACUUCAGGACCUCCACAAAGAGGAAGACUGGAGGGCCGAAGGAGUGAUAAAAACACAGAGACACCGAAGGUGCCUAAAAAACAUAAUAUUGAAAAAGAGGAGUAGAAAAGGGGAAAGAGUCUCACCAAUCUUCUGAGUCCCUGUAAUUUAAAGCAGUGACCUGUUAUUACUGCCUAUAGUCUAUUAUGUUUACAUGUCCAGGUGAAUUGAUCAAUUCUUUGGCUUGUAUUUCUUUAAUUGAACUAGGAUUUGUUUUCUUCAUUUAAUUUUUUCUAUGGUGUUUGUAUGCGAUUUUAAAUGUUGUUUUGAGCUUUGCUAUAUUUUCUUUGUUUCAAAGACGUUGGAAAAUGUUUUUAUUUUAAUUUACACACAUUACAGUAUAAAUAUAGUGUUUAUUAUAGGGAUGAACUGACAUGACAACUCAAUUGACUCACGACAACUCUCAUAACACUUUACUGUAUUGUUUUAUACAUAAGUUAAUGCACUAGUUAACAUAAACGUUAAGCAAUGCUGCAUUUAUUAAUCCUGGUUAAUAUUAUUUUUACAUAAACAUUUUAACAUUAACCAUUUUGUUUGUCAAUAUUAUUAGUUCAUAAUGCAUUGUGAACUAAUAAUGCACUAAUGACCAAUAUUAUGCUUAUGGAUUUUUAUUAACAAUGAUUAAUAAAUGCUGAAAAUUACUGAAUGCAUUCAGUAAUGUUACAGAACUGUAUUGUGAAGUGCUGCAGAAAUAACACAUUUUUAUUUGAUCCUGAGUGUGACAGUUUUACAAUGUACAAAAAAAAAAAAAAAAUCAAACCGUUGAUAUUUGAGACCUUUUCAUUGUUGGCUGUCCGUAAGCUGGCAAAAUUGGUUAUGUUAUUAAUCUGAAAGUUUAUCUUCCUGUAGUAAACACAUCUUUUCAAUAAAAAGAUUUGCUGUGGCUGACAGUUA